CUUGCUCUCUGUUUCUCUCCCUCCCUCCCUUCCUCCUUGUCUCACUGUACUUGCCUUGCUUAAAGGAAGCCGAACAGAGAAUUAAUUUUAAUAUGAGCAGGAUUUCUGGAUACCCAUAUUUCGAGCUUUAGCUGUUCUUUUUUUUUCUUUCUUUUUGUCCAUGUGCCCUAACUGUGUGGGUCCUUGUUGUGGAUGUUGCGGGAAAGCUGUACAUUUCACAGUUAAUCCCAGUGAAGAGACAGGGAAUGCUCAGCGGAUAAAAGGCUUGUAGUCCCAGCUGGGGAAAGAGUUCCAUUAUCUCCCAGCUGCAUAGACAUUCUGCACAGCUUUGGUUUUGCCUGAAUGAGCAAUGUGGCUUUCGGAAAGCAUGUAACAGUUUGGCAGAAAACUGUAAAGAUCCUGAGACGGUUUGGCUGCUAAGAUCUUGGGACUGGCCACUUCAUAGCACACAAUUAAAUGAGUAUUUCUACACACUUAAGAAACUGCCACCAAUGAUGCCAUUCAUACAAUGCAAGCUUCAAAUCUCAGGCUAUACAAUAGUGGCAGGAAGAUCUAUGUAGCUUCUCUGAUGAUCGGAUGGGAGGAAUUUUUGACCUUGGAAAGUGGAGAUGAUGUUGCUAUGGAAACUCGCAUUUCUGCUACCUCUCAUGAGCUGCUUUGCAGAUGAAGAAUCUCCUCAUGGACCAAUUUUUAUCCAAGAACCAUUUGAUGUUACUUAUUCAGUGAAUUCUGAAGACCCAGAAGUAAUUCUGAACUGUACAGGAAGAGGAAGGCCCUCACCAUUUUACAGGUGGAAGCGAAAUGGCACAGAUAUUGAUCUUACCAUGAGUUAUCACUACAGGCUGGAUGGAGGCAGCUUGGCAAUCAAUAACCCACAUAAAAAACAGGAUAUUGGAACAUACCAGUGUUUGGUCACAAAUUCAUUUGGAACAAUUCUGAGCAGGAAAGCAAAACUUCAGUUUGCAUAUCUUGAAAACUUUGAAACCAAAGCAAGAAGUACCGUAUCUGUCAGAGAAGGACAAGGAGUCGUUCUGCUCUGUGGUCCUCCACCACACCAUGGAGAUUUAUCCUAUGCUUGGAUUUUCAAUGAUAAUCCCUUAUAUGUUCAGGAGGACAGUCGUCGAUUUGUAUCUCAAGAGACAGGAAAUCUAUACAUUGCCAAAGUGGAACCUUCUGAUGUGGGCAACUACACAUGUGUUGUAAUAAAUACAGAAGCCAAACAAAGUGUACAGGGCCCACCCACACCACUUGUUCUUCGUAGCGAUGGUGUGAUGGGGGAAUACGAGCCAAAGAUUGAAGUGCGUUUUCCAGAAGCAAUACAGGUGGCAAAAGGCUCAUCCAUUAAACUGGAAUGUUUUGCCCUUGGAAAUCCAGUUCCUAGUAUCAGUUGGAGGAGAAUUGAUGGGAACCCAUUGUCUCGAAAAAUAAGCACAUUCAAAGGAAUCCUUGAAAUCCCAAAUUUUCAACAGGAAGAUGAAGCUACUUAUGAAUGUAUUGCAGGAAAUGUUAGAGGAAGAAAUGCUGCAAGAGGCCAACUGUUUAUAUAUGCACUCCCUGAAUGGAAUAAAGGCCUUGAGAAUGCCCAUGUCUCUCUUUAUGACACUUUCAUGUGGGAAUGUAAAGCAACUGGAAAACCAAUGCCUUCAUACUAUUGGCUUAAAAAUGGCCAGCCACUAUCACCAGAGGAAAGAAUUCAUAUUGAGAAUGGAACCCUCACUAUAACUAUGCUGAACAUUUCAGAUUCUGGCCUAUAUCAGUGUGUUGCAGAAAACAAAUAUGGCUCAAUAUAUUCCAAUGCUGAAUUAAGAGUAAUUGCUUCUGCUCCUGAUUUUUCCAAAAACCCUAUGAAAAAAAUAUCUGUUGUCCACAUGGGUGGUGAAAUCACAAUUGAAUGUAAACCAGAUGCUUCUCCUAAGGCAGCUAUUACCUGGAAAAAAGGCACAGAGUCUCUAAAGCAAAGCAAAAGAAUCUGUAUUUUGGAUGAUGGCAGUCUGAAAAUAUAUAAUGUUACCAAAUCAGAUGCGGGUAUAUACACUUGCAUAGCAAUGAAUCAAUUUGGAGUUGCAAGGAACUCUGGGAACCUGAUUGUGAAAGAAAGAACUAUCAUUAACACUCCUCCUUCUAAUAUGGAUGUUACGGUUGGAGAAAGCAUAGUUCUGCCUUGUCAGGUUUCCAAAGACCCAUCUGUUGAGGUUGCAUUCAUAUGGUCAUUCAAUGGAGAUGUGAUUGAUUUUAAAAGAAAAAUUACUCAUUUUGAAAGAGCUGGAGGAGAAUCUGUUGGGGACCUUAUGAUAAGAAACAUUCAGUUAAAUCAUUCUGGCAAAUAUACUUGCACAGUGCAAACAGCUAUGGACAUCCUAUCUGAAACAGCAGAAAUAAUUGUAAGGGGUACUCCAGGUCCACCCAAAGAUGUUAGCAUCGAACAUGUUUCAAGUACAACUGCAGUACUAAACUGGAGAUCUGGAACAGAUAAUAACAGUCCCAUCCAGAUCUACACUAUUCAGACAAGGACUCCAUUUUCAGUUGGAUGGCAAGCAGUUUCAACUGUUCCUGAAGUUAUUAAUGGAAGGACCCACACAGCAACAGUGGUUGAUCUAAACCCUUGGGUUGAAUAUGAAUUCCGGGUUGUGGCUGGCAACAGUGUAGGAAUUGGAGAGCCAAGUGCACCAUCAGAGCUGCUAAGAACUAAAGCAUCUAUUCCCACAGUGGCACCAGCAAAUGUGAGUGGAGGUGGUGGAAGCCGGUCUGAACUCGUCAUCACAUGGGAGCCAAUUCCUGAGGAACUACAAAAUGGGGAUGGGUUUGGAUACAUUAUUAUGUUCCGGCCCCUUGGCUCAACAAGCUGGACCAAAGCUGUGGCUGCCUCAGUCGAAGCAUCAAAAUAUAUCUACAGAAAUGACAGCAUCACACCAUUAUUUCCUUUUGAAGUGAAAGUGGGAGUCUUCAAUCAUGAAGGAGUCGGUACUUUGAGCCCAAUAUAUAUUGUCUACUCUGGAGAAGAUGAGCCACAGAUUGCACCAACUGGAGCAUCUGUACAAAGUAUCUCAGCAUCUGAAAUGGAAGUUUCUUGGAACCCUGUUGCAUGGAACAGACACACUGGGAGGGUCCUAGGCUAUGAGGUUUUAUACUGGACGGAUGAUUCAAGGGAUUCUACAACCAGUAAAGUCAAAGUCAGUGGUAACAUCACAGUAAGAAAUAUCACCAACCUCAAGCCCAAUACACUGUAUUUUGCCUCAGUGAGGGCUUUCAACACAGCUGGGACUGGUCCAUCCAGUGUUCCAGUUAAUGUUACGACAAGAAAAUCACCGCCAAGUCAACGGCCAGCAAACAUUGCCUGGAAACUGACAAAUUCAAAGAUAUGCUUAAACUGGGAGCAUGUAAAAACAAUGGAAAAUGAAUCUCAGGUGCUUGGCUAUAAAAUUUUGUACAGGCAAAAUAGACAAAGUACCACGCAUAUAUUGGAGACAAAUAAUACAUCUGCUGAACUGUUGGUGCCAUUUGAAGAAGAUUAUCUCAUUGAAAUAAGAACCAUGAGUGAUGGAGGGGAAGGUAGCAGCAGCGAGGAAAUUAGGAUUCCAACAAUGUCAAGUUUAAGCUCCAGAGGAACACAAGUUUGCUACUCUGAAGUUUACACAAUCAUAACUAAGAUUAUAAGUCUGAUUUAUAUUGUUGAGUCCUCUGUAUUUUUGUUGAAUGGAUCCAACAGACCAUGGUUAGACUUUUGAAAAUAAAGUUGUUGGGUUAUCCAAGCACCUUUGAUAAGUCUUUUGCAUCUGUCAUACUUGAAAUUGGUACUUAUUGAGAAAGAUGAGCUGCUCUUUAAAAUGUAAAUAUGAUACAGGCUGCAAUCUUAUACCCAGUUUUUUGGGAGUUAACGCUGUUGAAUUCAGCUGGAAUUCUUUUUUUGAAAGGACAUGUAUAGAAAUGCGCUGUAAUGGAAUAACAAAAAAUAUCUGUGGGUUCAUGGUAAAUCCACAUUAAACAGAAUGGAGCAAAAAUGUAGCCAUGUGAUUAUAAAAAAUACUAGUUUGCAUUUCAGUGAUCUGUUGUGGAAGCCCAGAUUUUAAUAACAACAGAACAUGACCAGUAUGAAAAGGGCUUGCAGUCGUGUGUGAUGUACAACAUUACAUGAUUCAUUUUUCUCAUUUUGAUCUGUAAUGAAACAAUAUUUAUUACAUUUUCAAAUUUAAUAAAAAACAUUUCUUUACAAUUUUA